AUGAAACAAAUUGCCGAAAUCGACAAAGAAGUGAAUCGUUCAACUGAUAAUGAUGAAGAAUUUUUAAAAAAUUUUGAAACGCAGCAGUUUCUAUUGGAAGCCACCAAAAAAUUAUGCGAGGAGAAGGGUAUUGAGUUAAUUAUUUUCCCUCGCGAUUCUUCCUCCCCGGAGGAUUCGGCAGUAAGAAUUAAAAACCUCUUGGAGGAAAAAUUAGUUAAAAGUAAAACAACUUUCGGAAUGUGGCCUAGUGGUAAGGCACCUGGUUUGGGACCAGGGGAUCGUGAGUUCGAAUCUCGCCGUUCCGACCAUUUUUAUCUUUCCUCCUCUUUUCUUUUCUUGGCUCUAUUGGAAAAUGAGGAGUGCUUAGUUAGCAUCCAAAAAGAGAAUAUACGCCAACAUUCAGAAAAUUUUUCCACUCAUCUACAACAAAUACUUUCCCAAACUAAUCAUACUUUAAAGGAAAUAAAGGAAGUUUAUUUUACUUCUCAUCCUAGUGGACAGACUGGAUUAAGAGUCGGUUUGGCUUUUUUGGCUACUUGUCAAGCACUUAACUCACAAAUUAAAAUUUACCACUUAGAUAGUUUAUUAUUUCAGAUGGGAGGAAUCGGCAAUUUUAUUAGUUUGCUAACCAUUAAUAGUCAAGGUGAUAAGUAUCAUGUUGCUACUUAUCAAAAUAAAAAAUGCUUAUUAACUAGUCAAAUUGUUUACCAAGCAGAAUUGGAAAAAAUCAAAGAAAAAUUUACUAAUUUUUUAAUUUUAAAGGAUUUUGAAGAAGUAGACUUUUUAACUAACUUUCAAAAACUAAAAAAUGAUUUUAGGUUAUUGAAAAAAAUUGAGGAGAUUAACCUGUAA